AUGGCCUGCAUGGUGUCUGCGUCUGGAGCUAUUUCCAGGGCAAAGCCAUUGGGAGCGGCAAAGGAGCCGUCCCUGGUGACUCACCUGAACCAGUGCCAGCACUUGAGCAGCCAGAUAGCUGGACACUGGGGACACCAGUGGAUCACUGCACCAUCCGGGCUGAGAGGGAGCAGAGGGCCGUGCUUUGGGGCCUCUGGUUGUGCCAGAGGCUCCCCCUCCCCGUACAGGGUGCAGCUUCCGCCCCGACCCCAGCAGAUCUAUGGAUGUGGAGCGCACCAGGGAGGAUCAAGUUGGACCCGUCCGGGCCGAGGGCGAGCAGAGGGCUGUUCUCUGGGGCUUCUGGUUGAGCCGGAGGCCCCCCCUCCCCGUACAGGGCUCAAUCAUCUCUGGGGCGAGGACGAGGUCACCCCAAGCGGGGCUGUGCCGGAUGCACUGCUCCGGAGGGUCCGUGCUCGCCAGCCCUCCAUGGCGGACACCGUUCCCUGGAGAGGCACCAGCGGGAGCCCUUGGAGGAGGCCACUCUCCAAGCCUGAUAUUGAUGGACGCCGUGGGCACCAGGGAGGAUCGUGCUGGAUCACUGCACUGUCCAGGCUGAGAGGGUGCAGAGGGCCGUGCUCUGGGGCCUCUGGUUGUGCUGGAGGCUCCCCCUCCCUGUACAGGUCAAGUGGACAAAAUGGCAAAUCCAGGCUGCGGCUGGACUCCAUUUCCUAGCAGCCCCUGUCUGUGUGGCUCCUGGCAGGUCUUCAUGGAGACCCCAGGUGCUCAGGGCCAUGACAGUGCAGGGUUGCAGAACUGGGCCUUGGCCCCAGUCCUGCACUGUCAUGGACCAGCGAUCCCGGGGUCUCUAUGUAGACCAUCCUGCAGCGAAGUGGGCAGGGCACACAGCUGGGCGAGGACCUGCUCCGGGUCUGCGGCCAGAAUCUUGUGGCAGUGACAGCACGGGGCCGGGGUCAGGGCAGAGCUGCGGUCUGCUGUCUGCAUGCCCCUGUCCGUGGACCCCGCACUCAUCCCGAGCACUGGAUCACGGCUCAGCCCCAACCCCGGCUUCAUGCUGUCACUGCCCCAAGAUCCUGGCCCUGCCCACCUGUCUCACUCCUGGACACAGCCCCAUCCCCAUCCCAGCCUCUUGUCUAUGUGUCCUGCCUGCGCAGGUCCCACCCCCUGUAGCGGGUGUGGGACAGAUGGGCCAGGGUGCCUGGACAGCAGGGCUGGGUCCAGCAACAACAGCCACAAAGAGCCACUACUACAGGAGCUGCUGAGGCAUGGAGACUGUCACAGGACAGAUCCAGCCCAGGGACCAGAUUUUGCCCACCCCUGUUUUAAGGCGAGGAGGUGUGGGAAGACCAGGGGUCUGCAGCACUGCCAGAAGCUGGGAGCAAGGGGCUGCCCACCCAAGCAGGGCUCCUGGAGUCAGCCAGGCACCACACUGCCAUCAUCGCAGCCCGUGCAAAUGUUCUGAGCAGUGACGGGGGCUGUCGGACAUCAGCGCUGCUCGGGGAUCCCUUUCCCAGUGCCUCUGAAGAGCAGCAAGGAGGGGGUGUGGCUUUUCGUGUGUGCAGAUGUGAGCUUGUUCUGCCCGUGCAAGAAGCUGAACAUGCCCAUUGGGACUUGCUGCAUGUUUGCACCCUGAGUUCAUGGUGGGGAAGGAACAGAUACCCACCAUGCCUAGGAACGAAGAUGCCGGUAGCUCAGCAACACCUCGGAUAAGCACAGCAGCACCCAAUGCUUUCCAGCUGACCCAGC